ACUGACAGGCUUAAUCUGCUGACUGCCAGGGAGCAGGUGGUUCGUCCUGACUCUGAGGGAGCUUGUAGGCAGGAAGCAGGACGGGAAGCAGGCAGACUACUAGCCACAGGGCUGGGGUCACAUAGAGCAGUGCAGCCCCCUUCAUUACAGCAUCCUCAUUGCAGGGACAGGGGACUAGGAAAACUACAGUUCCCAGCACCCUUUUGUGCAUGUCUCUGCAAACUACAGUUCCCAGAACCUUUUAAUGAGCCGGAGGGACUGUCUAUGGAAAUAAAUGCCGACGAUUGUUGCAUAACACUCUGCACCUCGGAAAGUGCUGGCAGGCCUUUGGUUAGUGAAAAAGGGAAGAGGGGAAAAGCCAGGGAGCAUCAGCGCUGUGGAGCUGUGGUGUUGCUCACCCCUAACAGCCACAGCGACAUCCUCCAGCAGCGACCACCCUUCCUUCCCUCGGGACCCACAGGGAGGUCCCUGCCCCCCCCUUGAAGCACUGCCGCUGCGGAGGGAGAGGCAGAUAAACUACAGAUCCCGGCACCCUCCGGCAGGCAGUACCUGCGGCAGUCCCUGCACGCCGGGGAGGGGGUGGAGAGAAUGAGGAUGGAGGGCGGGGAGGAGAUGCAGGGCGCCGUAGGGCUACGCUGCACCUGGGAGAUCCCGCCACCCGCUGGCACCCAGGCCAAGUGGGUGAGGCUCAAUGUGGGGGGCACCGUCUUCCUCACCACCAGGCAGACCCUGUGUCGGGAGCAGAAAUCUUUCCUGUGUCGCUUGUGCCAGGGCGAGGAGCUGCAGUCGGACCGGGAUGAGACUGGUGCGUACCUAAUAGACCGGGACCCCACUUACUUUGGACCCAUCCUGAAUUUCCUCCGUCAUGGGAAACUGGUCCUGGAUAAAGAUAUGGCUGAAGAGGGGGUCCUAGAAGAAGCUGAGUUCUAUAAUAUUGGUCCUUUAAUCAGAAUAAUCAAGGACCGACUGGAGGAGAAGGACUACACGGUAACUCAGGUGCCUCCUAAGCAUGUCUACCGCGUGCUACAGUGCCAAGAAGAGGAGCUCACUCAGAUGGUUUCUACUAUGUCGGAUGGAUGGCGCUUUGAGCAGCUUGUGAACAUUGGCUCAUCCUAUAACUAUGGGAAUGAGGAUCAGACAGAGUUCCUGUGCGUGGUCUCCAAAGAGCUGUACAGUUCCCCCAAUGGCCUGAGCUCUGAGCCCAGCCACAAAGCCAAGGUGCGUUACCUGUCUGCACUCACAGCUCCCACCAGCCUGAGCUCUGCAUGAAUGACUCACUUCCCUCUUGUGGGUAUGGCCCUGGUUUGUAGAGCUUGGGGAGGGGGAACGAGGGAGGGGAGGUUGACUCAUCCCUAAGGUGUCUUUUCCAAUCAUCCUAAGUGUGCCUUUACCUGCCAAGCAGGCCCUACAGCUCCAGACCAGAGGCUCUGGCAGCAGAAAGGAGAGGGCAGCUGGGAGAAAUGAAGAGGGGUGGAAAUGAAUGCAAAGCAGGCAGGGGUGGCACUGGGAAGGGGGGAAGUCUGCCACGUGUCUGCCUGACACGCAUGCCAGAUCGCUUCUCCAGACUGCCGUCCACAGUUCCUUUGCCUGCCAGCCCGAGAGCAGUUUGCAGAAGGCAGCCUGUUAUUUUCCCCUCCCCGCUUUCACUUCCCUGGGCUUUUCCCCCACCGCCUCUGCCAGGGUGAGAGCGCAGCGAAAGAAGGUGACGAAGGCAGGGCAGAAGUAGCCAGUCCCCACUCCAGAUGUUCUCGCAGCUGGGUGCGAAAUGAGACUCUCUGCUCUGCCUUUUGCUCAGGGAGGCUGCCUGGCCAGUGUGCGUGGGGCUGGGUGCAGAAAACUUUAGGAGGAGGAUUCCUCUCUGAUACUGGAAAACUGGCUCUUAGGUGCUCAGUUGCCACUCUCUGUCCUGGUGGAGGGCACUUAUUAGCUGGCUGACAUUUCUCUCUCCCUCUGUUCAAGAGCUGUGGGACCUGAGUGUUAUUCUCUUAAAAGUCAGUGUAUGUUAAUCACACAGACUUUUCCUUCCUUUUUCUAUUUUCUCCCACCCUCACUCCUCGUCUCUUUUCUUUUUCUUCUGUUCUCAUUUCCUCUGUCAUUUCCCUUUUCCUGUUUCUCACUCUCCCCUCCAGGCACAAUUGCUUUUUUCCCUGGCAUUGAUUUUGUUUCUCUCUUUCUCUCUCCU